CCAUUCCGUUCGUCUCUUCGUACGUAUAUAAAGUCAAGUCACACGAGUGAUAUCCGUACAAUUAUAUACGUCAGACUGCGAAUAACACGUGUUAGCCAUGAAACUCGCAGUGUUUUGCCUAUUGGCCAUUAUUUCUGUCGUUUACGCGGAAGAAUACACUAAUAGAUUUGACAAUAUAGAUAUAGAUCAAAUUAUUCAGAAUGACCGAUUGUUGAAGCGAUAUAUCGAUUGUUUGCUGGACAAGCCCGACGUUAGGUGCCCUCCCGAAGCUAUUGAACUGAAGAAACACAUAAACGAGGCGCUAGAAAAUGAAUGUGCAAAAUGUUCGGACAAACAGAGAGAGAUGGUAAGGAAGGUGAUAAAACAUCUAGUGACAAAUAAGAGAGAGUGGUGGAAUCUAUUGAAGGCGAAAUACGAUCCGGAAGAAAAAUUCGCGAAGAAAUAUGAGGAAAUGGCCAAGAAAGAAAACGUCCAGAUUUUCAUAGAGAACUCAAAGCAGAUACUUGAAGAAUCUGCGAAAUUAACCGUGAGAUAUUUAAUCCCUUCUCUACCUGGCGUGACCAAGUCUGCGUCUCAGACUCUCGUUGUAGAGAUACAGUACACGCCUCUUCUCGCGUUUCCUGUAGAAGAACGAGCAGAUUAUGCGCCGCAGCCGUUGCGUCUUCAUGAGCAGUGGAUCAGGAGCAACGCAUCGAUCUUAUCCGGUACGAUGAGAUACCUAGUCGUCGUCUUUAUCACCGUGUGUGUCCUUUCGUCCUCUUCCGUUUUCGCCGAAGAGAUGUACACCACGAAAUUCGACAAUGUAGACGUGGACGCGAUAUUAAGCAACGACAGGCUGUUAAACGGAUACGUGGGUUGCCUGCUUGAUAAGAAUCCUUGCACCCCAGACGCAGCGGAACUCAAAAAGAAUCUACCGGAUGCGUUGGAACACGAUUGCGCCGGUUGUAGUGAGCCGCAAAAGAACAUGGCCGAUAAGAUCUCUCAUCAUCUAAUCGACAACAAACCGGACGACUGGAAAUUAUUGGAGGACAAAUAUGAUCCUACCGGAGCAUACCGACGGCGUUAUCUGGAGAACAAAUCCGGGGACGGAGGCAGACUCGAUUAAGAUCAUUCUCCACGC